GACAUGUCAAAAUGUCUUCUGUGAAAAAGGCCUGUUAAAUGUUAAUCAGCAGAAAAUGUUGAAAAAGGAGAAUUCUUCUUCAAAAAGAAUCUGAAUCGGAAUACUCAAAGUAGUGGUUGGGUUCAUACUCUAUGCCCAUAAAACAUCCAGCCAGUUGUCCUGUGCCUUGCUUUUAUUUUGUCACAAAUACUGGCUCAACACACGCAGCACUGCUGUUGCUUCAGAGGUACUGGUCGGCAUAUUUUUGGCGUUUGUAGCGAGCAAGGCUUGCUGUUUCCCACUGCUGGUUCGAGUUUCAUACAUGGUGCACAGCUGUGAGUGCUUAUCGAUCCUGCCAUUUUUCUUUAACCAUGACCUAAAUCUUUUGCAAACUUUAGCAAAGCAGUUUUAGUGAACCGAACCAAUGAGCUGGCAGAAUAUAAGAGUAAUGUUUAGUUUAUUUUUUCACCUUUUAACCUUUUGUUGUUAAAAGUAGAGGAACUUGUAAGCUGAUAGAAAAAAUGAAUAAAUAUAUAAAAUAGCAGAUUCUUUAAAAACGAGUCCAGUAUAGACCCAACACAAGUGGAAUGCUUUGUCAGCUCAACUUUAUUUUUUAAUUCACUUUUUAUUUCAAAUAUUUUUUAUAUUAUAUCAAAUAUAGAUUUUAUUAUAUUACAAUAUAUUACAUUAUUGAUUACAUUAUUACAUUGAGCCACAGCCUCUUAAAAGUCCUCCCUUCUCCAAACAGUUCUUCCCUUUAGGAGAUCUCAUAAGGGCCGAGAUGCUUUGUGAAUAACUUUUAUCUUUCCUUGUUUUUGUUCCUCACUUGUUGGAUCUCAUUUUAACUCUAAGGAGGAAUUUCAUUACUAAUGAUAACUAUUUUACUAGGAAGCUUAAUGAAUACGGCCCCAGGUGUUUUGAGUCAUUCUGGCUGAAUAGACCUCUGCUCAGGUUGAAGUUGGGCAAAGCUGUGCUAGACAUGAGGUCACCAAAUAACGAAAUAACCAGUUGAACCGGUAGGAACAAUUACAGUGUAAUUUGACCCACUUAAACAUGUACAGCGAGGGAGUAAGGGAGAUAUGAAUCAAGCACAAUCCUUACGCGCCCACACAGUGUUGAGCAGAGGUGAAAUCAGGCAACAUGAUGAGUAAACACCCGUGUGGGUGGAUCAUGGCGACAGACAAUGGAGCAAAUGACUGUGAUGUGAGAGAGGUUGCUCGUACUAGCAGUUAUCCCUCGCGGCUGGCAGCUUAACUGUUUUGGUUCACUGCUCUCAUCAAUCCCACUUCCAGUCAUAGCAGGCAGCUGUUUUCAGUGAUAAAGCUCUGUAGGCUUUGUUACAGAAACAGCUGACAGACUAAGUUAGCUACUACCUGUCAAAUAUAUGGAGCAUUUAGCAGCCAAGGAGGAGUCAGAUAUUUCAUUCAUGAACCAAGGUAGAGUUUUUUACCUAUGUUUGGAUGACCAGAAACAGACCUCCAAAUAAACACCAAUGAUGCAAUUUUACUUUUUUUAACUGUGUUUUGGUAGUCCUGCUGCCCCAAGCGGCUAAAAUAAUAUUUGAUUAGCUAAGUGGCUAACUAACUUAAGACAAUAGACCUUUUCCACUGCAGGCAGACAUCAUUAGUGUUAUUCGACACACAUGGGGAUUUCCUGCUGUGACAUCUGAAACAUAUUUUGUGAAUUGCAUCACUCCUUCAGCAUCACCUGUUGCCCAAAUAAGUCUAAAACGUCGUUUUUUCACAGUUACACUUGUGCCCGAAAGCAGCUUUGAAUAUCUUGUGUUUUGUCGCUGAGCACUCAGCGUUGCUAAUGUCACUUACGGUAAAGCAGAAAUGCGCUACGCCCGUAUUAUGGUCAUUACGGCCAACCGUCGAUUUCCAUUGUGGCCUGACUGGAGCACGUGACACUGAUAACAGCUCUGAGAGCGAGAGAGAGACACCGGCCGGCGGAUUAUCUCCAUCACCGCAGAUGAAACACCGGUCACAUUCAGAGAAGCAUUCGGGGAAAAGGCCCUGUGUACCCGCCGCGGCCUCCUCGGCCUCCUCCACCUCCUCACUGCCGGACGGAAUGGAGGACAAAACACCGCCAAAGCCGCGGGAACUCACUCAAAACCCACUCAAGAAGAUCUGGAUGCCGUGUAAAAAUGGCCUUCCUGAAAAGCACAUUUCUCAAAGAAAGGUAUGUAUGACCAACUGUCCCACCCUGAUUGUGACAGUGGGCCUUCCUGCCAGGGGGAAGACCUACAUCUCCAAGAAGCUGACCCGCUAUCUCAACUGGAUCGGAGUGCCCACCAGAGAGUUCAAUGUUGGGCAGUACAGGAGAGAGUGUGUGAAGAUCUACAAGUCCUUUGAGUUCUUCCGUCCAGACAAUGAGGAAGGGUUAAAGAUCCGACGACAAUGUGCCUCAGCAGCAUUGAACGAUGUGCGACAGUAUCUCACAGAAGACGGAGGCCAAGUGGCGGUUUUUGAUGCAACAAACACCACCAGAGAAAGACGGGAAACCAUCAUCCAGUUUGCAGACCAGAAUGGCUUUAAGGUGUUCUUCGUGGAGUCUGUGUGUGAAGACCCAGAUGUCAUACAGGAGAACAUAGUGCAAGUGAAGCUGGGAAGCCCCGACUACACCAACUGUAACACGGAGGAAGCGGCAGAAGAUUUUAUGAAAAGGAUCAAGUGUUAUGAAAACUCCUACGAGCCGCUGGAUGAAGUCCUGGAUAGGGAUCUCUCCUUCAUUAAAAUCAUGGACGUGGGUCAGCGCUACUUGGUCAACAGGGUGUUGGACCACAUCCAGAGCCGGAUAGUCUACUACCUCAUGAACAUUCACAUCACGCCGCGCUCCAUCUAUCUGUGCCGCCACGGUGAGAGCGAGCUCAAUGUCCAUGGUCGAAUCGGUGGAGACUCUGGCCUCACGCCUAGAGGGAAAGAGUUUGCCAAGAAGCUGAGCCACUUCAUCCAGUCUCAGGGCAUCAGCGACCUGAAGGUGUGGACCAGUCAGAUGAAGAGAACCAUCCAGACGGCCGAGGCUCUCAGUGUGCCCUACGAACAGUGGAAGGUCCUGAACGAGAUCGAUGCUGGCGUGUGUGAGGAGUUGAUGUAUGAGGAGAUUCAGGAUCACUAUCCUCUGGAGUUUGCUCUGAGGGACCAGGACAAAUACCGCUAUCGCUACCCAAAAGGAGAGUCCUAUGAGGACCUGGUGCAGCGGUUGGAGCCGGUCAUCAUGGAGCUGGAGCGGCAAGAGAACGUGCUGGUCGUCUGUCACCAGGCUGUCAUGCGCUGCCUCUUGGCCUAUUUCUUGGACAAAACAGCAGAGGAGCUGCCCUACCUGAAGUGCCCGCUGCACACUGUGCUGAAGCUAACGCCAGUGGCCUACGGCUGUAAAGUGGAGUCCAUCAGCUUAAACGUGGAUGCAGUCAACACACACAGAGAAAGGCCGGAGAACGUAGAAGUGUCGCGGAUGUCAAAGGAGGCUUUGCUAACAGUGCCAGCUCACCAAUGAGGCAGUCUCCCCCCCCCCCCAUCCUCCUCCACCCGUCUUUACGCACACUGUACCGGGCAAACUCGGCAACCUCCAGUUCUUCUCCACCUUCCUUUGAUUGAAUCACCCUCCGCUGUUCUGAUGAUGAUGAUGAUGGUAAUUGACUGGAAUCCAGUUUCUAAUUUUGACGCGGAUCUUGUGUCUCGAGCAUGUUCUCCCAUUUUUGGAGAAUGAAUGAAAAGCAGAUGACGUGUUUCUGAAUUGAUGCCAUAAUACAAAGUGUGAAGCAUUGAAAUUGAAGCACCUUUUGUUUGUUGUGAUGUAGUUUGUUUUGUUAUAGAUUUUGCCUUUUGAAAUUAUUUUACGAUGUUAACUUUUAGCGGUCUUCUUUGUAUUUCUGUUGGUAGAAGUCGGGUCGCUCUACUCUUAGUUUUACAGCUUUGCACAACCCAAAACAAAAUUGUGCCUUUUUAUAUUUUGCACAUAAACGAAUCAACUCUGUUUAUUUUCUCAUUAAAUGUCCUCUAUUGCAGCUUGUCUGUAGCUUUAGGAUGGUUAGCACUGUCUAAUGAAGAUCCUCGAAGCACAUUCAUACUUUGUUUCAUUGGUUUUUUUGUUGAAUGUGAAGGUUCUUAAAGUAUAAUACAUAAGAGGAAAUAUUUCUGUUUGUUUCUAAAUAAACUCAACUCAACUGUU